AUGUUUAGGCGAUCAAAAAAAUUAGUUGAAUUGGCAUUGCAAGAUGCCCGAGAAAAUGUUAAUUACGAUAAUUCUCAUUUAAACUAUGUUGAUCUUGAACCUAUGCCUGUACGACUCGAUCAAGAAGUAUUACAGAAUCUUGAUCUCGACAUAUUAGACGAACAUGGGAUGGUGUUACUUACAGUUCCGAAUACUGAUUUUUCUGAGAAUGAUAAUGCUACGCCACUAAACGAAAUAUUUUCUAAUGUAAUUUCUACCAAUGACCACAAAUCUGAUCAUAAUAUUCCUGGUCCAUCUAGAAUACUUACUGAACAUGCAUCAUUUGGUACAAAUACAGACGAUUCUGAUAUGGAUUUUGAAUGCAAAGAGACAAGUGCUUCUUUGGAAUCAGAAAACAACAGUAAAAUAAGUGACGUGAACGAAGGAAAAGAAAAUAAUGAAGGAACACAAUUUGGUUUGAAGAAACAAAAAAAAAUUAAUAAAAGGCAAGAACGUAAAAUAAAACGAAAUAGAGGCGAAAAAGAUUGCACAUACAAAGGUACUGAGAGAAAAGAACGUGCAUUAAAGCCACAUACUUGCAUAAUGGGAAAAUGUCCCAAUAAAUGCCGAAAUUUUGAUGAAAAAACACGAAAUAAUGUAUUCAAAAGUUUUUGGAGUUUAUCAUAUCAAGUCCAACGGGAUUUUAUUGCCUCCAAUAUUUCCAUUCAAGAAGUAAAAAGAAGGAGGACUCUAAACCCGGAAAGCAGAAAGGAUUUAACUAGAAGUUAUCAUUUACCUUUACUUAACGCAAAAGUAAAGGUAUGUAGAAAGUUUUUUAUGAAUACUCUAGAUGUAACUGAUAAGCUUUUACGUUACACAGAAAUUCAUAGAAAUGAUGUUUUAAUGGCUAAAGGCGAUCAAAGAGGAAGGCAUCCGCCUAAAAAUAAAACUUCUGAUAAUCUGAGAACUAAUGUUAUUCAAAUUCAUAAAAUAUUUACCAGCGGACCCCACACAGAAAUUCAAACUGAAGAUUUUACAGAACAUAUUAAAGAAAAAGAAGAGGUAUUAAAAAAGUUUCAAGAAGAUCAAAGCAUCUCCAAACUUAACAAAAAUAAAACUAUAUGUACAUCGUUUGAUUUGCAAAAAGUUCUUGGUACCCCCCAUGGCCAUAAUUUUCUACCCGGGUUUUCAAGUAAAUAUGCUAUAUAUAACUUGACAUUUUAUGAAAGCGGUACCCGAAAUGUUGAAUGCUUUUUGUGGGAAGAAGCUGAUGAAAAGAAAGGGGCUAACGAAAUAUGCACAAUAGUUGUACGGUACCUAGAAAGUGUCGAUGAGAGGAGUGAAGUGAAAAAUAUUCUAUUAUACUGCGUCAAUUGUGCUGGACAGAAUAAAAACCAUCAAAUGAUUUGUGCUGUUAACUGGUUUUUAAAGAAAUCUAAAAAUAUCCAGAAGGUGGUGCCUAACUUUUUACUUCCUGGUCACAGUUAUAUGCCAGUUGACUCUGUUCAUGCAACAAUUGAAAACUGCAUAAAAAAUAAGACCAUCUGGGCCUCUUCUGAAUGGCCGACUAUAAUUCGUAAUGCCAGAGUAAAAUAUUCCCCUUAUAAUGUAUACACUCUAACAUUCAAAGACUUUUUAGAUUGGAAAACAUUACAGAGUAAAACAUGUUUAACUAAUUUAAAAACUGAGGAUGGUUCGAUCAUCAGGUUGAGAGAUCCGAGGCAAAUUAUUUUUUUAAAAACAGAACCCGACGUUAUAAAUGUCUCCAAUAAUUUUGCAAAUAAUAACGAACUUCUUAGAACAGUUAUAAGAAAAACAGGACGAAAUCCUGUUCAAAAUAAUUAUAGUCUGGAUAGAGCAUAUAAAACAAGAUUGCCUAUAUCGACAGAAAAACAUCAAAGCUUAAGAAAUCUAUGCACAAAAGAAGUAAUUCCAAUUACAUACCACGUUGAGUAUUUAACUCUUCCUUCAAAACCGAAUAUACCCAACUGUCUAAUGGAAACAGAUGAAGAAGAUGAACUCCAGGACGAAGACUGAUUGAUUGAUUAAAAAGGACAAA